GAGACAUGGUGCAUGUACUUGGGCCAAAGACAUCCGAACAUGAGGCAGCAUGAAUAACAACAACCAUCACCCCCCUUUGCGACCCCGGCCGCGACAACGCUCUCCCUCUGGCUCUGGCUCCGGCUCUGGCACAGGCACAGGCACCCUGUCGUCGCAUCGCAGCGCAUCGAGCAUGUCGGCGGCCACCAACGAUUCGUCCACCAAACACCAACCACCGCAACAGCAAUACUCGGCUCGUCCUAGCACCGCCCACAGCACCACUGCGCCCUCUGCUCUGGCAAACUUCUCCCGUCCUCAACCUCGCCAGUCCAUCGAUGCUCAACUGCGCAUGACCUCUCCCCCACCUCCUCCGCCGUCAGCCCCUCCAUCCAUCCUCCAGCGUGGUCGUCAACACUCGCAAGGCUUCUUUGAGCCUUCCCUACCACACACUUCGCAUAUGCCAGCCUCCCAAAUCGCUGCUCAAGCCGCCAUGCACCACAUGCACUCUGCGAACCAAGACCGCAAACGUCCGAAUCCUCCCUUACAGCCCAUCAAUGUCGCCGCUAGUCGUAUGGACCGUCGCAUAGCCUCUCCAACUACACUGAGUCCUCCUCCGCAACAGUCUUCCCAUAUCGACAGUAGAAUCACUGCUACGACUGCUGCCAACGUCGCUUUCCCGAGAAGCCCAGGCCCCAUGCCUUCUCCCCAUGCCUUGACUGCCGAUCAACCUGUUUCCGCUCCUCCUCCGCCAACUCCCUCGGAAGUAAAAGUCAAGGAACGCUCCAAGAUGAAGCUGUUCCACAAGCCAAAGAGUAUUGGAAUCACAAAAGACAAGGACUUUGACAAAAAGGCUGCUCCAGCCUUGCCAUCUCCAAACCGUGGCUUGCUGCGCGCUGGUUUCGCAAGUGCUUCCAUGACUAGUCUGACCGAUCCAAACUCUUCUGCUGCUGCCUCUGUAUAUUCUUCCGCCAAUACUUCGACUUCAACCUUGGUGCCCGUAACCACCACAGCGACGGCAACAGCAGACAAGAAAGAGGACAAGGAGAAACACAGGCACCACUUCUUGUCAAGGCAGAAACAAAAAGAUCGCGGUGCUUUGCCUCUAUCUUCGGCUUCCUCAAACUCGACUGCAGUAGACCCAAAUGCUCCACAGUCUCUUUACUCCUUCACCCCUCAGUCUCCCGGUUUCUCCAAAUCUGUCAGUGGUUUGGACUUACGACACGGCGGACGUGCCUUGAGGGAAAAGAAAAAGGAAGAAAAGGCUGCUGCUGCGGCCGCGACAAAUCUUACGCCAAUCAUGUCCAACAGCUCUGGCAAUCUGCUGAGAGACGACUCGAGAAGUGACUUCAUGGGUCCCAGUAGUCUUGACUCGACCUCGAUAUUAGGUCCUCCCAGUAGCAACUCGCUCUUCUCGCUUCCCUUGUACGAGCCGCAGCCUACAAUGUCAGCCGCUGCAUUCAACAAUUUGGGCAACAGCAUGGGGUUACAUGGCAUCACAGCCGAUGAUGCUUGGCCCUUACUCAAGGCAAGACUGUUGAAUAUCUUUUCUGGCGAGGACUUACGGACACCUAUCGAAGACUUCAACCUACUCGUCUCUGUCCACAUUCGGCGAUGCAUUCAGAAGCGUGCUCCUGUGGUUCUGGUAGAGGACUUGAGGGAACUACUAGCGACAGGCUUCUCUUCUCUCGCACAAACUUUACGAGGUGUGCCAGACGAGCGACUUGUAACACGACUUGUCGCAAUCUGGCAGACAACAUUUAGCUCUAUCCUUCCUUUCAUUCAAGCUGUCUUUUUACCUCUCGACCUCGAAUUCAGGGGUCGUGGCAGUAUCAUGAGUGCAAGAGAGGCUCAAGAAUUUUGGGGUGCCUUUGUACCUGCAGAGAUGCCGCCACCAUUCUUCCGGAAACAUUCUUCCUCGUUCGACGAAAUAAGACCGAGCAGUUCUGGAGGCGCGACGAUCACGAGCAAUACAUCAAAUCGUAUGCCCGGUUUGGGAGAAGAGCUGGACGUCCGUCGCAUCGCAUUGAUCGUCUUUCGCGAUGUGGUGCUCCUCCCUCGUCAUGAGUCGCUGCUGGCCAUCUUCUCGCGACUGUCGCUGGACAGCAUCAACACCGCACCUGCCCCGAACAAUCUCUCCUCAUCACCACCCAUAUCCAGCAAUCGCGGUCGGGGCUUCUCAAAUCCAGCAGCAGGAGGAGCAGAAAGACCUUCCACAGGUGGCAGCCUCUCUCCACGCCUCGGAAGCAGUUUCAACAGCAAUACAAACUAUCUUGAUAACAAUAACAACGGAGUAAUAGGUUCACCACCUCCCCAACACACACGCAGCCGCGCCACCUCCAACACCUCUGCGGGAUCUUUUGGCACUUCCCUUCCGCACACCUCAUCACACUAUCCAGCUGCGUCCAUCGACAGCGUAACUUCCGCUCCCGCAUUCUCAUCUUCAUUCUCCCCUGAUCCCUCAGGCCGCCCACCGACAUUUGCAGACCCUGCUCAAGUCACUCAAACCGUGGCUAGAAUGCUACAAUGUGUUUCUGUGGUUGCUGGCGCACAAACAGGAGAUCAGAGUCAGAGUAUGGUGGAGAGAUUGACUAGGGAGUUGAAGUACAAUUGGUUGGGUAGGGGAAGGACUGGAAGGCAACGACGAGGCUGGGUGGGUGUCAAGGGAAAGAACACGUCUGGAAUGGGGCAGGGGCAAGGAUUGGGGGUUAAUGGAUUGGGUGUCGUCGGUGCUUGAGCAUUUUUCUACUUUUGACCCUUGGUUAUGGGAGUUCUCUUGGUUUUAGGAUAUAGAAAGGGGCAAGGGCAAGACUUGGGGUAAUGGUCGGGGGUUCAGAUCAAAGUGUAGGAAGGGAAGGUCCGGG